GUUAGAUAUAUAAUUUAAUUGAGAAAGCGUCGCUAUCUUUUAGAACUGUGUAUUUAUGGUGGAUGGGUGUAAUUGUUUUGCCAGGUACACGUUAUUUUAAUUUAGGGGAUAGGUUGAGAUGAUAAUUUUAUUAAUAUUAAUAUUACCAAUUGCCGCAAAGUUUUGCUAUUAUGACCCUCCGUUAUUUCGGUAACGUUAAAUGAAACCAUAGAAUCUCAAAAUAUUCAAAAUCUGAAGGUCUUUCAGUCAUAAGAUCAUCCACGACGUCAAAAUUAAUCUUAAAAUGCUUGUAAACAAAUUUGUACUAAGAUUCUCGCACGUACAAGGAGUUGGCAACAGUGUGAGAUCAGUCAUGUCUCUAGAUGAUGAAGACAGUACCUGGCUACUAGCCUUAGAAUCGGCGCUACACGAAGGCGCUGACGACCAUGAACUCAUAGGUAUCACAAGAGGUCGGAUUUUACCAGAGGAACACCGAGCUGAGAUCUGGUAUAUAUGUUUGGGGGGAGGCAAUAAAUUCAGCAACUUUGCACAAUUUGAUGAAAUAUUUGAUUUACAAGAGCAGAGUGUUGUUAGAGCAGACGUCAAAUCGCUUGUGGAUAAAUUAGGAAAUGAGGAAGAAGACAAGGUAUCUAUUGUGUGCGACGUGGAGUCUAUAUUUACGCACUACUGCAAAACACGACACUUGAAAUAUGACACAUCUCAGCUCUGGGGAGACAUUGUGUUGCCACUCCUGGCUGCAAAGAUGCCCAGAGAUCACAUCUAUGUGUGCUUUGAGGAAAUUUUAGAAAAAUAUAUACCAAGGGAAUCGGGCCUGGGUAGCUCUGUAUACCACUUGCUCCGGUUGAUACUCCUCUACCACGACCCAGAGCUGUCCACAUUCCUUGACUCGCGCAAGAUCACCCCAGACCUCUAUGCCACCUCAUGGAUGCGGAGUCUGUUCUCCUCGGUGUGUAGUCUGGACGCCACGAUGGCAGUGUGGGACAUCUACUUCCAGGAGAGAGACCCGUUCUUCAUCCUUUUCCUUGCUCUAGUCAUUUUAGUUAACGCAAGGGACCAGGUGCUGGAAAUGAAAAGUGAGACCCGUGAUCAAAUAAUAACCAUGUUGAGUGGCAUCCCUGCUGGACUCAGUACUGACGAUGUGUCAGACUUCUGCUCCUUGGCCAGAUAUUACAUCAUUAAGACUCCGCACACCUUCAGAAAAGAUUUCACAACAGCAAUAUUUGGUUCUGUGUACAUGGGCCAUGGGGAAGUGUGCAAUAGAGUGGGUGAUCUCCCCCUCUCACAGGCACUUUGCUUGCCUGUCAGUGCAGAAGAGAUCAUUGACACUUGCGAUAUGUUGCAAGUUGCUGGUGAUGACAUUGAACAGGUGCGGUUCUUCUUGGUGGACUGCCGGCCUUCAGAUCAAUAUAAUGCCGGUCAUCUUCCAAACGCCUUUCACCUUGACUCUAGCCUGAUGCUCCAGCACCCAGCUUCCUUCCAAACUGCCGUCCAGGGCCUCUUUAUGGCCCAGCGUCAGGCCGUUGCCUCGGAGACCCCUGGCUGCGGCCAACACCUCUGCUUCAUUGGCUCAGGGCGUGAGCAGGAGGACCAGUAUGUGCAUAUGGUUGUGGCUUCCUUCCUACAGCGCAAUAGCCAGUAUGUUAGCCUGGCCAAGGGAGGAUACCAUGCCAUCCAUGACCUGCUUGUUCACAACAUCAACGAGAGCCUAGCAGACCACGACUCCAAACGGUGCUUGGUCUGUGCCCCCGAUAGCCAGUCCCACUCCUCAGAGCCUGCCGAUCAAGAAGACUUCACCAUUACCACCAAACCCCAGCCAUCACUAAUGAACAAGUUUUCGUCUCUGUCGUCAGUCUUCAAGAUGAGGUCCGUGGAGAUGAAGGAGAAGUUAGUUGAAUAUAUCACAAACCCCAAUGGCGAUGGAACGACUGUGGACAGGCACGUGAGCGCACAAGAUCGGGGCAAAUUGUACCGCAACCAAGGAGAUGUUUUUAGCAUUGAAGAUGAUGAUGGAGAUGGAGGUGGUGGUGCUGAUGGCAGAGAAAACGACCGCUUGGAAGUAGUGAAAGUAUCUCAGUGGCUGAAGAAACCUGAUGUUAUAACAUCAUUUGCAUGUCAUCAAGUCAAAGAAAAUGGGUACAUGUACAAGUGUCACCUCCUGCUUACGGACACACUCCUGUUUGUCAUCCGGGAAUCCGAAACCAAAUCGGGAGAGGGUCAUGUCACUGCACGAAGAACCUUGGCCUCCAUUGUAAAAAUAACAUCCAAGAAAAGACACCCUGAUCUCAUCACUUUUAAGUAUGGCACUACUUCACCUGAUGGAGAGGUUACUGUGUCAGAUAUGGACAGGUUUCUCAUCCCAAAGGCAAGCGAAGCAACCAAGAUCAUCAAGGAACAGAUCAUGAAACAGAUGGAUGCAGCCAAGUCGUAGUAUGCCGUAGCAGAUGCAACAACAGCAACGGCAGUAAGCACUGUCUGUUGCUCAUAGUUGGGCCACUUCCCAGUUCUCCACUGUGCGUCUGCUUGUCUGCCUAUUCCUGUCUGUGUGGCAGUUGGGGGCACCCAGUAGGUCCUCUAUGUCAAGGGGUAAAUGAUAGUGGAUGUUGAAAGAGGUUCUUUAUGUAGGUGUAAAUAGUUUUUUGCUGAUUUUUUUUUUUUUUUUUUUUUUUUUUUUUUUUUUUUUUUUUUUUUUUUUUUUUUUUUUUUUUUUUUUUUUUUUUUUUUUUUUUUUUUAGAACACUUUUACUUGCCCCUUCCCCAAUCCCCUUCCCCAGCCUUUUUUUAAUUAGCUAUGGAAGUAACUUAAACAUAUUGUUUAAGGGUAAAAGAUGAUAGAGGACAAAGAGAAAGACUGCAAAAUUAGUUAGAUAUUGCAUAUUGUAUUUUCUUUUUUUUUCUGGUUAAGUUGUAAAUGUUUUGUGCUUGAAUAACUAUGGGUGAAUUGUAAGCCAAGGAAAGAAAGCCAUGUUCUGUUCGUCACAGGCACUUGUGAGGAGAGGAUGAAAAAAUAAUAUAUAUGUACCCAUAUACCCUAACAGUUUUAAAAAAAUCUUGUCUGUGAUGAACUAACUUGCUCUUUUAAUGUGCUGCUUAGAAGAUAUUUAAAGUAUGUUAAAUAGGUGGAAAAAUGAUGUGAAUGCCCUUUUUUUUGCUCAUAUGAAGUGAAAUUGUCAUUGAACAAGUUGUGAUAAAAGAGAGAAAGUUUAUAAUUCUAUUCCUCAUUGGUGUGUGCAUCAAGUCAUUAAUGAUAUAGUAGUUAUUAUUAUUAUUAUUAACCUGUCCAUUAUCAUAUCCUUUUCAAAUAUAGUUGAUAUCUUUAUAA